AUGGGCGAAUUGACUUGGAGAAUCUUUUUCCUCGGUUUCCUUAAUUUUAAAACAGAAAAAUAUGUCAUCGCCGAAAACAGAAAAUUGGGAAUCUCAUUUAGAGUUUUUCAGAUCUGUGUGCUGCUAUACGUGAUCGGGUGGGUCUUAGUGUAUAAGAAGGGGUACCAAUCGAGGGAAGAGACCGUCCAGAGCUCUGUCAUCACCAAGCUGAAAGGAGUGGUCAUGACCAACAACACAGAAUUUGGACUUUACCUAUGGGGGGCUGAGGAUUAUGUCAUACCUCCAACGGGUGAACAAGUCUUCUUCAUUGUUACAAACUACCUCGAGACCCCAAAUCAGAGGCUUGGGUUCUGUGCUGAGAGCCCUAAGGUGCCAGAUGGCCAAUGUGUAAACAAUGAGGAUUGUGCCGAGGGUGAGGUGGUAAUAGCUGGCAAUGGGGUAAAGACUGGACUGUGUUUAAACUCUACAGGGACCUGUGAGAUACAUGGCUGGUGUCCCGUCGAGACGGGCCGGAAACCCUCGGAGGCUUUAUUAAGCAAGGCAGAAAACUUCACAAUUUACAUCAAGAACUUUGUCAGGUUUCCGAAGUUUGAAUUCUCCAAGUCAAAUGUUCUGGACACCGGUAAUGACUCCUAUCUAAAGAGAUGUUCCUAUGACAACGUCCUCCAACCCUACUGCCCCAUCUUUCGUCUGGGAGACCUGGUCAGCAGGACUGGACACGACUUUCAGGACAUGGCUGUAGUGGGUGGGUCAGUUGGAAUUCUGAUUGAGUGGAACUGUGAUUUGGAUAAGGACUACUCACAGUGUAACCCAAAGUACAGCUUUACUCGUUUGGAUAUCAACUUAAACAGCACUGUCACGUCAGGCUACAACUUCAGAUAUGCCCGGUAUUACAAAGACGAAGCUGGAGAGAGCUUCCGGACUUUAUAUAAAGUCUAUGGGAUUCGCUUUGAUAUCAUGGUGAAUGGACGGGCUGGAAAAUUCAACAUCAUUCCCACAGUAAUAGCUAUUGGGUCUGGGUUCGCUAUUAUGGGCAUGGGAAAAUUUGCGUGCGAUAUGAUAUUCAUCUACAUGAUGAGCACGAGUUCCUACUUCCGAGACAGGAAAUUUGAGAUUCUCAAGAAAGAACGGAUUAAGAAGCACAAAGAGAGUGCGAAGACAGUGGUGAACCGAGACACAAGAAAACACAGGACACAUGCUGGGGAACAACAUGAGCUCACCACACUCUCUACGAAAAAAGAGGAGAAACCAGAGCCCACCACUCAGGACGCGGAGAAACAGGACCUUAAAACUGGGGAGAAAAAUGAGGUUGGCCGAUUGAGGUCAGAAGACUUGUUUCUCAAGAAAGACGUGAGACAAAGAGGUGCUGCUAUCGUCAAGACGGCUAGACUGGGUCCUCUAGCAGGUGGAAAGGGAAACGAGGGUGGGUGA